UUGAAGUUCAAAGGUCAACCGUGACAGUAAAAAUAGAGUGCUCUCUGGCUGGCCGUUCGCUGCAUUACUGCGGGAAAUUAAGCACCUGGCGGGCGCGGAGCAAGCUUAUCGGCCGCCGCCCUCACAGAAGACGGAUAAAACGUCCCUAAAAUGGCCCUCAGCUAAUCGGCGGCCGUGCUGGCUGGGUUUUUUUGGACACACAACAACGGCUAGCUUGGAGAGGAGGGGGGGGGGCUAACGCUAGCGAGGAGCUCAUAGCAACCGCUGCUAGCUAACGUCAGGCUGCUAACAUCUUGUCUGUUGGUCGAGAUGUUCGUCCAGGAGGAGAAAAUCUUUGCGGGUAAAGUGUUGAAAAUACAUAUCUGCACCAUGGACGGCGUCGAGUGGCUGGAGGAGAUUCCGGAAGACACCACCGUGGAGAAACUGAAGGAGAAGUGCUUGAAACAUUGUGUUCACGGAAACCUGGAAGACCCCAAGACGCUGACCCACCAUAAACUCAUCCAUGCUGCUACAGAGCGGGUGCUCAGCGACACGAAAACAGUCGCAGAUGAAAGUCUGAAAGACAAAGAUGUUCUGCUGCUUAUCAAGAAAAGGCCGCCGCCCACGCCUCCCAAGAUGGCAGAAGUGAGCGCGGAUGAAAAGAAGAAACAGGACAACAAGGCGCCGGACAAGGACGCCAUCAUGAAGGCCACCGCCAACCUCAGCACUCGCCACUCGGACCGCACUGUGACGCAGCACAACAUCAGAGACUUCCAAACGGAGCUCAGGAAAAUCCUGGUGUCCCUCAUAGAAGUUGCCCAGAAGCUUCUGGCCCUCAACCCCGAUGCUGUGGAGCUUUUCAAAAAGGCCAACGACAUGCUGGACGAGGAUGAUGAGGAUCGCGUGGACGACACGGCCCUCCAGCAGCUCACCGAGAUGGGUUUCCCCGAGAGCAGAGCCGUCAAAGCCCUCCGACUAAACCACAUGUCGGUGACACAAGCGAUGGAAUGGCUGAUUGAGCACAUGGACGACCCCUCGGUGGACACGCCUCUACCCGGUCAGGACCUUUCCGCCGCAGCCGGAGCCUCCGCCUCAGCCGCCGCCCACGCAGCCUCAGCCGCGGCCACGCCAGGCUCAUCUUACUCAAACUCGUCCAGAAGCUCCUCCUCCACGCUCCGUCGCACCUUGUCGUCCUCGGAUGAGAGCAGCAGACAAGACGAGCUGACGGAGAUCUUCAAGAGGAUUCGCAGGAAAAGGGAAUUCAGGCCCGACUCCAGAGCGGUGUUUGCACUCAUGGAGAUGGGCUUCGAGGAAAAGCAGGUGAUUGACGCGCUCAAAGUCAACAACAACCAGCAGGACGCUGCGUGUGAGUGGCUGCUGGGGGACAAGAAGCCGUCCCCAGAGGACCUGGACAAAGGCAUUGACACCAACAGUCCGCUGUUCCAGGCCAUCCUGGAGAACCCUGUGGUCCAGCUGGGCUUGACCAACCCCAAGACUCUGCUGGCGUUUGAAGACAUGCUGGAGAACCCCCUCAACAGCACCCAGUGGAUGAACGACCCCGAGACCGGCCCCGUCAUGCUCCAGAUAUCCAGAAUCUUCCAGACUCUCAAUCGCACAUAGAGGCCAUUCUCCUACUCCUCUUCCUCCCCCUCCUCCUCCUCCUCCGUCUCCGUGAUGUGUGACUGUGGCAGCUGUGUGCAUGUGUGAGACACAAGUAUUGUUGAUGCCAGAGAUGUUCUACCAAUACAUGAAAUAUUUAUAGAGAAACAAAUGUAUACAGAGCAAAUUUAACAUUAUUAUUAUUAUUAUUCUGAUUAUGAUUACAGCAGCAAUGAUACAGAGUUCUAUUUGCUAGUUUGUUUUUACAAUUUAACGAGGACAGUUCUCGUCUUUUACAACAUUUUGCCACCUUCAACCACGGACACAAACCUUCAAUGUUUACGCCACACGUUUGUUGCAAUACGUCGUCAUGUCCUUUUAAUGUCUUGGGUCGCCGCCGGACGCUACCGUCCAUCACUGUACGCCAACAUUCAGCACAAAUAUUCUUUCUGGAGAUAAUCACGAGCUGGACACACUUCUGCUGACCGAAUGGAUGAGUUCAUGGCGUUCUUGGUGUUGACGGUUUCCUUUGACGCCAGUGAACUUUAUUGACUUAGUACGAACCAAAAUGUCUUCUCUCAAAUACGUGUUUGUGUGCAAUAGCAAGCAAGGGUUGACCUUUAAAGAUGAAAGGGUGUAUAAAUGCUAUAUUAUUAUCCCAAUGUUAUGACUGAGGGGGGGCUUGUGUGUGCGUGCAUGCGUGCGUGCGUGUUUCUGCCAAGCUUUGAGGGUUUUAUGAUCUCUAUUUAAAACAAUGUGGUAUUGAUGUGUUUUUCUGCUCAGGGAGGCUGAGGUUGUGUGUUUUCUUUUUCCUGCUUCCUGAAACAAAUGGCUUUAAAGAGUUUGUCUAGAAGUGUUUUGGGUUUUUUUUUGUUUUUUUUUUUUGAAUUA